AUUGUUUCGUGACUGCUACCGUAACUUAAAGUCAAUGUUUAAAAUCGUUCGAUCUGGGCUUAAAAAUCGUUUGAUCUGAGCAUAGCAACAAAGUAAAUGACAGUCAAUACAGCGUUUACGUUGUUUUUAAAUCAAGAUGAUUGAAACAUUAUAUAACCAAUACUGAUGUGAAGUACGCGUGAAACGAAAAGAAAGCAAAUACUUUUUCAAAUUCAAUAGCACUUCAAAACAUCUGGGCACAUGUCCCUUAAGAAUUUUCUUACGAAGUAUUCGCUUGUUGUUGUUAGAAACCUAGCCCUCAUUACUUCUUUUAUCAGCAAAUCCUUACCCCGCUUUAUCACCUGCUUUUGUAAUGCUUCAUCUCCCAAGAGAGAAACACAAUAAACUAAUUCUUAUUUUUCCAACCUAUAGGAGGUCAUCGCUAAAUAAUAUCGUCAGAAUAUUGCUUUUUGCCACACUUCAACCGCACCAAAUAAAUUAUUAAGCUUCACACUGCUGUAUUCAAGGAAGAAGUCAAACAGUUUGUCACGCCAUAGAAAGUAUCUUACAAAUACGUGUGUCACACUUCAAUUCUCUUGUCAGCUGGGUGAUCGAUCUCCAUUACACUUUUGGGUUGCGGAUAAUUUUUCGCAAUUACGACUUAAAAUUUCAUUGGUUAAGCGAAAACCCACAGAUAAAAGCACAGUGACUAAGCAGAGGGUCUUUUAAGACCUUUUAAUCCGAAAUUAAUCGCAAAGUUCUGAGCGAAGGUUGAAGCACAUACUCUAUUGUUGUUGUCGAAGAACGCCAGAGAUGCCUUGUUGUAAAACCACUUGUACAUGGGCCCAGAACCUCAAGGUUGGUCCUGAAUAUCGACAGUAUACAGUACAGCUGGUUCGUGAAAUUGGUUGCGUUUGUGAAGGGUACCGUAUCUACGUUAAUGGACAUGAACUGGAGCAUCAUGGAUUGACUUACAAUCCAUGUAGCCCUCUUUGCUUUGGUGGCGGACAGUACGAGUGGGAACAAGAUGGUCAUUCAUUCAUUCUCGUUUUCAAUUCGUUGUCGUGGACGAACUACUUUGGAGGUUUUCGCCUAUUCAUAGAUGGCACAGAUGUGAAUACUGGGCGUGAAUUUUCGUCGUUUUGGUGGCGCCGUGGGUUGCAAGUUAUGUUCGCUGGCCUAGUGUUGCUGUUCUUGGGUACAACUUUAUCAUUGAUAUUUCAUUAUGCACUUUCUAGGCGAACGCAUUUAAUUGCUCUCGGCUAUGCUUUCUUUAUCACUGGUGUGGUUUAUAUUGUGCUCGGGCUCAUUCCAGUCUUACGAUUCCGAAAACCACGGUAUGACAGGGCUGCCGCAGUGGAGUACACAGCUAACACAGUGUGAUGCGAAUCCGCAUUUCAAGUGGUUCUUAGGACUUAUGGCUUAGAUUGAAGGUCGAUAAGAGUUUACUGCUACAGUUUAUCAAAGUGUUUCUUACACAGCGACCAGCUCUAUUCGAUGCCUGAAUAGGUUAGCAGCUAAAUAUAUCAAAUGCGUUAAAUUCACAAUACAUUUUUUGUAUUUUAUUACCUUCUCAAGAGGUCAUGUCAUUUUCGUGAAAUAUGUUAUCGAAAAGAAAUUAAAUCAUGUUGGAUGCUCAUUAGGUCAUAAUUUAUAGUGGUUUUAUGGCUAUGACACUUAGGCAUUAACUAUGAUUGAUCUUCACCGGCAUUUUCCAUGAAAUGUACCUGAUUUGCUGUCAAUUUGAAAAGCCUUUUCAAUUGAAAAUAAUCUGAACAUUUCGUUCCUAAUUUUACUUUGGUUUUGAAGUUUCCCUUGUAUUUGGCAAUUUAGCUCUAGUUGUGACUUGAAUGAGUACUUUUGAGGUUUAGCUAUCAGUAAUGCACACUUUCUGUUACAUUUACAUCUUACCAAGAAUUCAUGAAAGGUAAAAUGGGCUUGCUUAGAAAGGCAGACAUUUCAUGUAGUUUUCAUGGGAGUGAGCCUCUUAAUUAAGAAAAAAUGUAAUUACACUGGGAGGGAAGGGGUUCAGAAAAUACUGAGAACUAUUCUUUCACCACAGAAAUCCUAGGAAAAAAUUGGAUUGCAUGGAACACUUAGGUCAAGGUGAAAGCAGUUAAUAAACAUUUUCUUUUCAGUGCAUUCUCCUUUUUUUUACAACAUGUAUUAUAUAUCUACACACAGAACAGAUUUAAAAUGUUGGCUUGUGAGGUGAUUGUGCAUCAGUAACAUUUUUGUGCACUGGGCGCAGUAUAGAUUGCUAUGAUAUUUAUCAGGUACUUAUCAUUUGUGUUCUCAUGUUUAUUACUUAUCUCUUCACAUAUUUGCAUUGUUCAAAUAUUAAGAAAUAUUUAUGUUUUAUAAGGUCCACAUUUCCAAGACUAUACUAUAUAGGUGUAAGUCUUGACUGUAAAAAUUAAAAAUUGGUGUUCUUUGGAACACCAACUAUGAAUGACAA